UAUUGAACAUCAUGAGCUGUUCUUAUUUUCCUGGAUUGAAUAACAACUACCAGUUUCUUCAAACAUUGAGAAAGCAAAGUCAAAGGUGAGCGACAUAAUGAACAAACCAAGAGGCAGCUUUGCUUAAGUAGGAAAAUCUUUGGCAGCAAAAGAAGAGGAAAAAAUUCCCCCUCCCUUCUACACUCUGCUACACAAUAGGAAAAACCAGCUAACCACAGCAGGGAAGGAACUUCACCUUUCACCGUGAAACAUCUUAAGACAAAAGGUGUUUCGUGUGAUUCCGCAAAAUGAUGAGCAGGUGGAAAUCAUCAAUUCCCUUAGCAACCACAUGCAGGUUGACUUUUGGCAGCCAGACUCUGUCACACUGGUAAGGCCAAAAAUGCAAGUGGAUUUCCGAGUUGAAGCUGACAAGUCUUUCGAGGUUGAAAAUCUUUUGAAAGAAAAUGGAGUGGAGUAUAGAGUUCUAAUCGACAACCUGCAGGCUGCACUGGAUGCCCAAUUUGACAGCAAAGUUCGUACCACCGGACACAGCUAUGAAAAGUACAACAACUGGGAAACGAUAGCUGCUUGGACUGCUGAUAUUGCUGCUCAGAACCCAGACCUUGUCUCUCGCAGUGUAAUUGGGGAAACAUACGAAGGACAGCCAAUAUACCUUCUCCAAGUGGGAAAAAGUGGUGAAAAUAAGAAGGCCAUCUUUAUUGAUUGUGGUUUCCAUGCAAGAGAGUGGAUCAGUCCUGCUUUCUGCCAGUGGUUUGUGAAAGAAGCUGUUGAGACUUAUGGAAAAGAUACUGUCCUGACCACACUUCUCAACAACUUGGACUUCUAUGUUCUGCCUGUUGUUAAUAUUGAUGGUUAUGUUUACACUUGGACAAAUGACCGCAUGUGGAGAAAGACACGCUCCAAAAAUGCUGGUAGCGUUUGCACUGGGACAGAUCUCAACAGGAAUUUUAAUGCUGGCUGGUGCACAAUUGGGGCCUCAGACAACCCCUGUGAUUCCACUUACUGUGGCUCUGCACCUGAGUCUGAAAAGGAGAGCAAGGCUUUGGCUGAUUUUAUUCGUGAACAUCUUUCUACAAUCCAGGCAUACGUGACGAUUCACUCGUAUUCCCAGCUGCUACUCUUUCCUUAUUCAUAUACUUACAGUUUACCAUCGAAUUAUGCCGAACUGGAAUCCAUUGCUCGUGCUGCAACCAAACAGCUGACCAGUCUGUAUAAAACCAAAUAUACAUAUGGCCCAGGAGCUACAACAAUCUAUGCUGCUGCAGGGGGCUCCGACGACUGGGCUUACGAUCAAGGCAUCAAGUACUCUUUCACUUUUGAGCUUCGAGACACUGGUAGAUAUGGUUUUAUUCUCCCUGAAUCUCAGAUAAAGCCAACCUGUGAAGAGACUUUACUGGCUGUUAAAUAUAUUGCUAAUUAUGUCCUUGAGCACUUGUAUUAGAAUGGAAUCCUAAAAACUAUUAAAGAAGGCUUUAUUCAAAGAUGCCUUCCUUUUUAUUCUUCCCUAACAAUAGGU